AUGCACCUGGGCCUCGCCCGCGAACAACGCAGACAGAUUCACCUGCCUGCCCAUCCCGUUCCCAUCGCGGGUCUUCAGCUGCUGACUCGCCCAAGCUCGUCGUCCCGUCGCAACAUCCGGGCAUGUUUGCGAUGGCUCAUGACACCUGGUGUCUGGCUCGCAUUGCCAUCUGCGACCCACUCCUCUGCCUCCAAGUCCGUCUUCGUUAGCGAGCAAAGGGGUACAUCACACCACAUCGGAUCGCCUGUAUUCCAGUGGCGGCAUGUGGCAUGGCAUGCUCGUUCGUUCGAGGGACAGUCCGGACGCAGGGCGCGCAGCUCGCGGGGAGCAGGUAGGGAAGACGGAGAGGCGCGCACCCCAGGGUUCGUUGGAUCCCGCGCAUAUGGCUCAACCACUUGCGUACGUGUGUGGGAGGGAGGGAUGGUUGAUGGUCCAGAUGGGAGGCUCAUGAGCGAGGGAGAGGGAGGAGAGCGAGUGGGCGCGGCGAGUGUGCCUGCGCUGUCAGAAUGUGCGGGACAAUGGCUGGGGGAGCAAGAGAGGUGGUUUGUGGAAGCACACGUGCAGAGCUGUACAGGCGCUAACACGUGCGAUGCGGGCGGGCACCGCACAGGCAGCGAUGCAGAGCGGCGACGCUGGCGAUUCACAAGGGCGUUGAGGGCGGUGGACACUGCCACUCUGUCUCAGUCUGUUGCAAGUCGAUGGAUGGAAGACAUAGCUCGUCCUGAUGUCGAGGCUGCCUGGCACGCCGAACACGUCGUGCGUCGUGGCGGCGCAGAGCUUGUGAGCCAGACCGUCGGACUGCUUCGGUGGCUCCCUAAGGUCACCAACGCCAGCUCGAUGCAGCAUGAUGGAAGGGUGGGGCGGCCCGGUAGAACUGGAGAGUUCGCUGGGCAUGCUGCUCUUCGAAGUGGAAUCUUGAAGAAGGUAGUGGUGGAUGCAUCGAGCAACGGGCUCGACGCAUCCACCGCAUGCCUGGAUAAAGAAACACAAGGAGGCGGCCCAGCAGAGCUAGGAGGCUCUCCGGACGUGCUGUCUUGCAAGUCGAUAGCAACAGACGCAAUUGCCGUGCUGCCAGUUGAGCCCAGUACCCUAUUGAUGUUGGAGGAAUGCACGACGAGCUCGUUGACCAUCGUGCAGCGUCUGGACGUGGGCACUGAGUUUGGUGAUGCCCCGACCGGGGUCGCCGUCCUAAGGGGCAGAUGGGAGUUGCUUGAAGAAGACAUUAUGCAGGUGGUUGAUUGGCCCACUGUGAUCAGGAGUGAGGGUGGCCUGGGCUGCCCGGUUGAGCUGGGCUGCAGUGUGUGGUGGAGUAGAAUGGUGAGUGGGGUUUGCUGGAGCAGCAGCUGGGGCUGCAAGAGCAGCAGGGUCAGGGGGAACAGGAGGAUCAAGGGUCAGUGGGCCAGGGGGCCCAUUACAGGGGGGGAGAAAGGGGGCACCAAGGACAGCCAUAUUGCUGGGGUCGGGAGGUGCAGCACUUAUGGUGCAGGUUACAUCAAGAUUAAACCUGUUGAGUGCUUUGGUAGCAGCAUCAAGAGCUGUGGUGACACCCACAGGCAAGCCAGCCAGACAACCUUCAAGGACAUCAGCAAAGCAUCCAGAACAAUGGGCAAGACACUCACUGAUAUCAUGGAGAGAAUAUGUGACAGUGAAUAUUGCAAGCAACAAAUCUUGAGGGAGUAUGAGCUCAGGGGCAUGUAUGAAAACAAUGCCCAAGCUUGA